UGUUCAAACACUAAAAGAGAAUUGUUGUAUUUUUUUUUACCAAUAAUACCUUUUCUAAAGGUCACCCAUUACUGCACAUGCUGCCCUGCUGUGACUACAUGCUGCUCUCCACACGUGUUUAAGAUAUGAUUACAAAUGCGAUGCAACAUUAACCAACAAAUUCAUGUCCUAAAACUAAAUUCUGCAUCGACUGUAUCGUCUUUCUUUGUGAAAAGUGUGAAGUAAGUCUCGGAUAUGGAUUACCAGCAAGUGUUCGAAGCCCUGGACAACGUGUGCGAGGAAAACAUCGCAGCUUUUUGCGGGACGUCGGAUUUGCCGUACGGCACCGUUGCUCAGCGCCUGGUGACGUGUUGGAGACGGAUCCAGGAACACGGCCGAGCUCUGGAGCCUGUGGUCGGCAGCCUGGUUGUCGUUUACCACCACUACGACUUUGACCCACAGACGCCAGGGAAUGGAUAUCGAACCCUGGUCAAGGUCCUGCAGGCGUGCCUUCUGCACAUCAUUCAAAAGGGCCGUUACAUCGCCGCCAACUACAACGGUGCCUUCUUCAGGGCUGACCACAACACCACCGAGAUUGAGGCGUACUGCAACGCCCUCUGUCAGCUGCGCGCCCUGAUCUACCUCGCCCAGCGGCUCCUCAACGACAACGAGCACGGUCAGCUGUUCUCCCAGCAGAACGGGGACCUGAGCCGCAGGUUUGUGCAGGAGUACAGCUCCAUGCACAAGGCCUGUUUUUUCGGACGCUGUCUGGGAUUCCAGUUCUCUCCUUCUCUUCGUCCAUUUCUGCAAAGUGUCGUCAUCAGCAUGAUUUCAUACGGAGAGUCGUACGGUAAACAACAGUCUGGUCUGGGCACUGCAGCCCUUUCUCUCCUCACUUCAGGAAAGUACGUCAUUGAUCCAGAGUUGAGAGGAAUUGAGUUUGAACGUAUCACCCAGAACCUGGAUUUACAGUUCUGGAAGUCCUUCUGGAACCUGACAGAGUCCGGCCUUAUAACAGGAUUUAACCGAAUCACUUCUAAUGCAGUGCAGCUGAACUUCACCAUGACGGUGCCUCCCGUCUUUCUACGCCUUCCUCUGGCUUCAGACAACACUUUAACGGUCACUGUAUCACCACCGCUAGCCCACUGGGGCCCCGGGCCUGUGCACAUGCGUCUGAUCUCUUACGUGCUUCGUGAAGGGCAGGAUAGUCAAGAACUGAUGUCCCUCUCCCGGUCAGAGCCGCCUCCCAUCACCGCAGCUCACCUCCCCUGGGUACAGAAGCAACCGCCCUCCCCACGGCUGAUUAUCCACUUCCACGGUGGGGGUUUUGUAGCCCAGACAUCUAAAUCCCAUGAGACUUAUCUUCGUAACUGGUCCAAGGAGCUGAACGUUCCGGUUCUCUCCGUUGAUUACUCUCUGUCACCCGAGGCACCGUAUCCCAGAGCUCUGGAGGAGUGUUUUUAUGCUUACUGCUGGGCUCUCAACAACUGCCACCUGCUGGGCUCCACAGCAGAGUAUGUGUGUCUGGCGGGAGACAGCGCAGGAGGAAACCUCUGCAUCACCGUCUCCAUGAAAGCCAUGUCCCACGGAAUCCGGGUGCCCGACGGCAUCAUGGCCGCCUACCCCGCAACCCUGCUCACCACUGACGCCUCGCCCUCACGCCUGCUGACGCUCAUCGACCCACUCUUGCCUCUGGGUGUUCUUGCAAAGUGCCUCAACGCCUACGCAGGGGCGGAGUCACAGACACUGCAGCCUGCAGUGACCAGCAACAGCGUGAGCGCUCUGAGCAGAGACACGGCGGUGCUGCUCAGCGACCUCACCCAGGGAGCGUCCAACUGGAUCCAGUCCCUUCUGGAGCCGGUGUUGAACACGGGCGCAGCUCGCUCCCACUCCUCACAGCAGAGGAGUCCCCCCACCCACAGCAGUAAAGCCAGACGGACACUAACUCACACCUCCGCAGCGCACUCUCCGUGUUACGUGGAUUACCCACAAGGCUUUGAGCCCCUGCGCUCAGAGUGUUUGGCUUUUGUUCGCCCGACCUCUUCCCCCAUCAUUAGGAACCCAUUUGUGUCACCUGUGUUGGCGUCAAACAACCUGCUGAGAGGACUGCCCCCCGUCUACAUCGUGGCCUCCGCUCUGGACGCCUUGCUGGACGACUCUGUGACCUUUGCCAAGAAACUGCGAGACAUGGGUCAGCCUGUGAGUCUGACGGUGGUCGAGGACCUUCCUCAUGGCUUCCUCAAUCUGUCGCCGCUCACCAAAGAAACCGAGGAAGCUGCCGAAAUAUGCGUGGCACGAAUAAGAGAGAUUUUUGAGCAGGGGAAACCCAAGUCUGCUCUUGGAAGAUGAGCAAAUAUCAAAGUGACUUGUAUUUGAAUCUACCGAUAUGGUAGAGCGAGAGGGAUGUAAUAAGUCAGGGUGAUUUAUGAAGGUGAACCAAACACUGUACACCAUGACAGAGCUCAUGGAAGCACUGCAGCUGAACGCGUACUGUACCACAUCCUCUGUCGGCAACAAAGUCGAAGAGAAUUACUAACUUUGAACACGUCAUAUUGUUCUUUGAGCACAGUAGUCCACUAUUUGCCAAUGCAGACCACAUGUUAAAAAGCCUUUUGUUUCUUAACUGGCUUAUAAUAUCAUUACAAGUGCUCUGCAACUUGAAGCAGUUUCACACGAGACACUAAAGUGUGUCUUAGCUUAGUUUUUAUAAACUAGCUAAGUCCUAGGUCAGCACUAGGUUUGUCCUUUUUUUCAGUGACAACAUUGGCAACUGACUCAUGUUGCACUGUACUUGCAAUUAUAUUUUGUAUGAACUAAGACACUCAGGCUGGAGUUUCACACAGAGGAAAAACUCUGUUAUUUUUAGACUGGAUGUUCUCACUGACAAUUCACUUUUACCUUGUUGUCUUAAAAACAGCAGAGAUUCUCAUAUACCUCUCUUCUACAACACUAAAUACAAUGUUCUACUAAAGUAUUCUAAUACUGACAAUGUAGUUGCACAACAUGCACAAGUGAAACCUAAAACAACCCAUGUGUUAAACAAAGUUCUUAAUUUUUCUGUAUGUUUAUUUUUAAAUAAUCACUCUGAGAGAAAACACAUUUUAUCAUGUAAUCUGGUUAUUAUUGCAUCAUUUGCUUACCUAAAGAGUUGCUUUAGGACAUUUUUGUUUAUUACACAUUUACAGUACAUUUACACUGAGGCCUUUAUGUUGUAUAAACAUAUGAUAUGUGGAUGUGGCUUGUUUUCUAGUAAAUUAAUGUAAUUUAAUUUCCCAUUGUUAAUACAUGACCGUUUAUUUAAAGUCUUAAUUAAAACAAAAACAAAU